AUGAAACAGAUGACACUGACGACACUGAUGAAACAGAUGACACAGACGACACUGAUGAAACAGAUGACUGACGACACUGAUGAACAGAUGACACUGACGACACUGAGAGCACUGAUGAAACAGAUGACACUGACGACACUGAUGAAACAGAUGGAUGACGAGACACUGAGAGCACUGAUGAAACAGAUGACACUGACGACACUGAUGAAACAGAUGACACAGGACGACACUGAGAGCACUGAUGAAACAGAUGACACUGACGACACUGAUGAAACAGAUGACACUGACGACACUGAGAGCACUGAUGAAACAGGUGACACUGACGGCACUGAUAAAACAGAUGACACUGACGACACUGAGAGCACUGAUGAAACAGGUGACACCGACGGACAAUUCGAUGAAACAGAUGACAAUGACGACACUGAGAGCACUGAUGAACAGAUGACACAGACGACACUGAUGAAACAGAUGACACUCUCGACGACACUGAUGAAACAGGAUGACACUGACGACACUGAUGAAACAGAUGACACUGACGACACUUAUGAAACAGAUGACACCGACGACAAUUCGAUGAAACAGAUGACACCGACGACACUGAUGAAAACAGAUGACACUGACGACACUGAGAGCACUGAUGAAAACAGAUGA